CCCAUUUUCACCCAGCCCUGCUGGUGUGACAGUUCUCGGUAGGUGUGCCUUCGCCGGGGAGCCACCCCCUUGCUGAAUCAUUGUGGAGCCAUGGCCGGACAGCUCGUCUGCUCAGGGAGCAAAAUAUUCCCCUAUAGAUCAUGAAGCGAUUGCAAGGUUGCUGAAAAGUGCCUUUCCUGAAGCCACCGCUGCUUGGAUUUCUGUCUAGGGUUGCCUCUCUCUUCCCCCUUCACCUCCCUUUUCUUUUUAAUUUGGCGUUGCUUGCAGUUCAUACCCUGACGGCAACUCAUCCGUUCUCCUCCUUUUUUUUUUUUUUUUCCUCUCCCCAUUUACACGCAGUUUGCUCAGCCAUUUUUUUUUCUUCCCCCGAGUAUGUAGCAAAUAUUAAAAAGAGAGAGGAAACAAAAAAGAGAAAAAGCAAAAAGAAAUUCUGACACCCUUUUGCUCAUUUUGAUGCUCGCGAACCGUAAUUUUUAGAAGCAAGAAAUAGAAGGAAAAAAGUUUUCUCCCCAAGGACCGAGACCAUUCCACAAACUGAAGUGCUGCCAGCAGCAUAUGCUUUUUGGAAGAAUAAUUGAAACCAUUAACUGGAGAGCACAGAAUUCUUUUGAAAGUCUGCCAGUUAUUUUCAAGUAACAUAGGCAGUGGCACAAAAUAUAACACUUAUAUUUUAACUUCUACAAUUGCACUUUUAGGAGCUGGCCUCUAAUUUGAUUUUCAGUUGUUCUGAUAAGAUUUCUAUUUUAUGAUUGGCUUUAUGUUUAAUUCUUGUUUAAACAAACACAAUUUGACUUAAAUGAAAACCUAAGUGCUGAUGAAUAGGAGUUCUACCAAAGCAACAAGUUAGUUAUUUCUUCACGUUUAACUUGAAUUCACUUUUUUACCCUUUUUUUAAAGAAAGAUCAGCAGUAAAUAUUGCCCUGAAGAAGGGUGUGAUUGCUUGCAUUUUAAUUUUUGUUUUUAAUAUGGCUGUAAACGUUUCCCUGGUCCGUGAUACAAAAUGGCUGACAUUAGAAGUGUGUCGAGAGUUUCAGAGAGGUACUUGUUCUCGGUCUGAUGCAGAGUGCAAGUUCGCCCACCCAUCCCGGAGUUGCCAUGUGGAAAAUGGUCGAGUUAUUGCCUGCUUUGACUCCCUAAAGGGCCGGUGUACCCGAGAGAACUGCAAAUAUCUUCAUCCUCCCCCGCAUUUAAAAACGCAGCUUGAAAUAAAUGGACGCAACAACCUGAUCCAGCAAAAGACGGCCGCAGCCAUGUUUGCUCAGCAAAUGCAGUUCAUGCUACCGGGCGCGCAGCUACAGCCAAUUACAACGUUUCCUGUGACUCCAUCGCUUGCAACAAGCCCCACGAUGGCUUUUAGUCCCUACCUGAGUCAUGUUUCUCCUGGGAUGGGCUUGGUUCCUGCAGAGCUUUUACCAAAUACUCCUGUCCUGGUUUCUGGGAAUCCUACUGUUACAGUACCAGGAGGCUCUGCUGGACAGAAACUGAUGCGUACAGAUAAACUGGAGGUUUGUCGAGAGUUUCAGCGUGGAAAUUGUACACGUGGUGAGAAUGAUUGCCGCUAUGCGCACCCUAUAGAUAUUGCAAUGAUAGACACAAAUGAAAAUACUGUUACAGUUUGCAUGGAUUACAUCAAAGGUCGAUGCUCUAGGGAGAAAUGCAAGUACUUUCAUCCCCCUGCACACCUGCAAGCCAAAAUCAAGGCAGCUCAACACCAGGUGAACCAGACAGCUGCAGCUGCAAUGGCCCUGCCGCCUGGUGCACUUCAACCUUUACCAAAGAGGCCAGCACUUGAAAAAAACAAUGGUGCCACCACAGUCUUUAACCCAAGCGUUUUCCACUACCAACAGGCUCUAGCCAACAUGCAGUUGCAACAGCCUACGUUUAUCCCUACAGUGCCCAUGAUGCACGGUGCUACGCCCACCACUGUGUCUGCAGCAACAACUCCUGCCACCAGCGUCCCCUUCGCUGCAACAGCUACCGCCAAUCAGAUAUCCCAGUUAUCAGUAGAUGAACUGAGUAGCAGCAUGUUUGUUUCACAGAUGUAGAAGUUCCCGAUAGAACACAGACCAUAUUGAAAUUCUGAACAGUAAAAUCAUGGAGCACCAGGACUUCUUGGUGGGAAGCUGCGCAUGGCCUUUCUGUAUAUAUCCCCUCUUCCCUCUAUCGUUCUCCACCACCUCUACAGUAAGCCUGUUGCAGCCUACAUGUUAACCAAAAACUGAUCAAUGGGAAUGUCAAAAAAAAAAAAAAAAGAAAGAAAAAAGAAAAAAAAAAGCACUAUAGAAACAAUUAACAAACAGCGCUCUGUUAUAUGAGAUAUACAAGUAGAAAAUUAUAAUAGACUUUUAUAACACAUUACUUUAACACACUUAAUCAUUUUAUGACUACCAUCCUGAUAAGUGCAUCUGCACAGCGGACUGUUGGUUUACUGUAUACUAUCGAUGGAUAAAUGUUUGUCUUGUUUUUAAAGUGUUAUCUUACUGUUUUGUUUACAUCAUAGUCUAUUGAUUUGUUUUAAAGUGUACAUCAUUAUCAAGUAUACUCAAUACCAUUUUUUCAUUAUUGUUAUGUCUUAAGUUUUCAUAUACUGUAGGUUUUAUGGGAUUUUGUUUGGUUUUUUACUAAAAAUGUUAUUGUGGGAAACAGGAAUUAUGUGCUUGAAAAACGCGACACAAGAAUGUUCUGCCCUUUUCUAGAUUUUGCUGUUAAUGUCAGCUACAGUUGCUUGUGUUAAAUGCUCCUUUUAUCAUGUAAAAUUUGCCUUCAGAUAGAGUCUCCAAAAGUUAGUUCAAAUGACAGGAAAGGACAGUUGUCAUUUUAGUCCAGUUCGGGGUACUUUUUUAAAUACAGUGAGCUGAUUCUGGAAAUACAGAAAACAAAAACACAACCUGCACUCAGUGAAAAGUAAGGUGACAGGAAGGAUUUGCUCAGAUUGUGGAAAGCAUCAAGGAAUUUCUGCAGUUCUGUUGUACAUUGAAGUGCAUUCUCAGCUGCAAAUGGCGCACAAUCUUUCUUGCUAUUCUUGUGGUGCAGUCAAAAAAAAUAGAUGGGUAAGUGAGACAGCUUCAUUUGGGCAAAGAUGCAUUUGCAUUGGAGAGGAACAAACACCAACUGUUAGCUACAAAACUUAUAGCUGGAUUAGGCCCAUAAUCAUGACUUUGCCCAAGCUGGGUGAUAGUGUGCAGGUGGGCUUGUCUCCACUGGGCAUGCUGCAGCAUUUCAGCUUGAAAUCUUAAGUGGCUCAUCUUGACAUUUCAUCAGCAUGCACCAAUUAUUUACUCACCAUUUUCCUUAAGUUGGUGAUAUUUCCCAAGACCUCUGGCCCUUUAGAGCAAGCAUACCAGUAACAAGCAAACACAACAAGUCUAAGCUUAAGCUUUCUACCGUACAUGGAUAUUCUUUUUAAUGGAGUUCUUGUAGGUCAGUGGAUGUAUUUUGGCAUCUUCUACUUGAUCAAGAGCAAUGUUUGUCACACAACAAGGGCUAGUUCUCAACACCUCCUUUUCGUGUGCAUGAAUGAAAUGAUUUCCAGCCUGUGCAUCCUGGACAGCACAGCCUGUCAUUAUGCUGCGUUGCUGAACAGCCUGGCUACACAAUGAAUUUGAUUUGAGGACGCACCAAAUUCAUCCCUAUCGUAGCUCUAUAAUAUCACUGGCAUUAUGGAAGAGGUGGAUUUGCUCCCAUAAAUCUGUGAACUCCAGAGAAGCAUGAACUGCUUGGAGAAAGAGAAUCAUUAUUAAAAAGAAACAAGAGGCAAGUUCCUGGUGUCUGGAGGGUCUGCACCCUGAGCUCAGCGUGGUCCUGUGGGGUGCCAAGUUCUGACAACUGGAUCAUGUUUUCUUUUCAAAGUUCCUAGGCUUUGGUUAGAGAAUUUCCUUGCCCCCUCUCCUGCAGUGUGAGUACAGAUGCACUGGUAGAUACGCAUUUAUAUGGGCCACAGGCGAUAGAGGAGCCUGCAAGGCACAAGUGGUGUGCCCCAGCCCAGGCUGUGACCAUCUGCUGUGGAGAUUUCCUCAUAAGCAAGAACCUUGGAAGAGUUCAGAAAAGCCUUGACCUGGUAGAAAUCUUUCUAUUCAUUUCAGCAGGCUUUGAACCAAAUUCAGAGAGGGAAAAUACCCCCACAACGCUCAUUUAUGAACUUCACGUUUUGACAGUCGCUUGCGUCCAUAGAUGUUUCCCAGCCAUCAGCGUUCAGAAGCAGACAGUUGUUGCCUGAAAUCAGUGACUCUCAUUUAUAUUGGCUACUGCAUACCUGUUCUUUUAACCACUGAGUUUCUGUUUCCCAAAACCAUAACAUUGUUAGUGGAAAAAGUGGAUUUGAGUACUUCCUGUUUGAAAUUAUUUGUGUAUCAAAAUGGGUUUUGCACAACCUGUGCCAGUGCCUCAACAAAGAACAGAGCUGAUCUUCUUAAGCCAGAAAGGAUGCAUUCAAGCUUGUAUGGCUUUAUGAGUUAAGGGAGGUUGGAACUUUUUCAGUGCUAAAUGGAUUUUUGUAUAUCUUGACACUUUGAUGUAACCUCCUAUUUUAUUUAUCUACUUAAACAUCUGGCAUAGAUGUGCAUAGAAUGUAAACCUAGAAUACAGCUGUUUUCAUGUCACAUUUAAAGCACUGAAAAAAAAAGCAUUUAAGGAUUAUUUUUUAUUAAAGAGGUCCAAUGAGGGAUGUUCAGGGUAGUUAUAUUAGGUGCCACAACGGUUUUUAUAUUGCUGGCAAAUUUAGAGUUAAUUUGUAAAUGAGUUUAAGGAAAGAAAAGCUUGAAGCACUAAACUUCACCAAAUUCAAAACAAUCUCGGCAAAAAUGCCAUUUUGAGGUAGCACUAUUUAAACUAGUUGUGCAAUGACUUGCUCUAAUUUUCUUUGUUCAAGAAAGAAAAAAAAUCAGUCGCCAGACUAUAAAUUUCCUAAAUAGACUAUUACAAAGUCACCGAGCUAGUUAGUGACUCUAAACAAAUGUCAUAAAAGCAUGAAUAUCAUCCUUUAUUUGACAAGAGAUGUAUGUAAGUUUGUUUAAAUCAAUAUAAUUUUAGUGACAUUUUUAUAAGCUUCCCACUUUCCAUGAACCUAUAUUUUUUAUUUAUCCAAAGUUAUUUCUCUUUGUCCAUUUCUCUCAGCCUUAUGCAAACAAUAUGCAAGAAAUGCUGAAACUUGGAUAAAACGGGUCAUGCAGAGGGAAAAUGAAAGCUGAGAUUGAUCAUUUUCACGAAAAAGGUUGUUAGUAGUUUCAAUAAAAAAUACUACUACUAAACUGUAACAUAAGCAGACAAUAAAAGAGGGAUUUAAAAUAAAAUGGAUUCAUAAAACUAUUAAGAUUAUUUUUGUUAAAUACAGUGUUUUUAGUAAUUUGGAACCUGAUUUCACAAUCAACCAUGUUUUUUAGUUGGAGAUUUCUAGCUGAUGAUUUUUGACUUUGUAUUUUUGCAUCGUGAUGUUCUAGGAAUCCUUACCUCCCCGGGCAGCCCCGCCGGCCCCGUUCCUGAACGCUCUGACGCACUUUGCUCUCUGCCGUGAGCGUGAGCUCGGGCGUUCCCGCGGCGGGCGGGCGGGCGGGCGGCCGGAGCCGCGCAGAGCCCCCCCGAGCGCCGCGGCGGCCGCCGCGUGCCCCUCGCCGGUGCGCCCGGGCGCGUCGGCACGCGCGUGUGUCUGCUGAGAGGCGUGCUCCUCCUUACAGACGCCUUGCUGAUGCCGUAGAGUAGCUGUAGGACGCGCUAGUGCACAGAGCCCUCGAGAAACUGGAGUCCCCGUUUGGUUCUUUUUUUUUAUCCCUUGUACAUUUCACAUACAUGAAAAUUGAAAAAGGUGAAAUUUAUGAGGAAAAUCUAAUCUCCCAUUCCUGUUGAAUGGAUUUAGUUUGAUAUUGACCUGAUUUUACCAUGUGCCUGUUGAAGGCCUUAGAUUAUAUACUGUAUGUUAAAGACUGUAAUAACUUAAAAAAAAAAUAGUUGAUAGCCUAAUCCAAAUGUAAAUAUAGCUACAACACAUUGUUACUAGGCUACAACGCAUCAGUUCAUGCCAUAUAUUUUCGUUUCUUUACCAUUAGUUUUUAAGGUCUUCAUUAUUGCUUUUUUGAUAUCUUUAGUAACUAAUGAAUUUAAUUUUGAAGGAGAGUUAGAGAAAGUUUAAAAUUUUUAAUACAUGUACUCAACCCAUUUAGUUAUAUUCUAAACCAACACUGAAGCAUGGUAAGGUAUAGAAUACAGUCCAUAACUAGUUUGUAUAGUUUACAGUUUAAGAACAAAAUUAACUUUGUAUGUAACUCCUACAAUGAUAGAUUCAUUGUUAACUAAUUAUAUUAAGUUGUUGUUGCUAUGGCAACAAAACUACAACAUGGCUACCUUUGUAUACAUUAUUUGUGAAAUUUUCACAUGUAAAUUAAAAGUGAUGUGUAACAGUAUGAGCUUGUUAAAGGUACAGUUCGAUACUGUCAGAUAAAGAUAUGAUUGAAUAUUUUUAAAAUCCCAAAGUCCCAUGUGAACGCUGAAUUUGUGUCUUUAUGUCACUUUUUCAGUCAAGAAGUUUACAACACAUGGAUUUAGAGUCAGGUUUUAUAGCUUGUAGAAAUUGUUGUGUGGCAAGGGUUAUUCCACAGUAUUUUGAAAACACGGCAGCCUGUAUUUACGACAUAGUGACUGGUCUUUCUUUCAGUUCAUGUCCCUUCACCUUGUGGGAAUUCAGAAUUAAUCCGUUUCAGAACUGUAGCUCUGCUUGCAUUUUUUUUUCCUGAAAUUGAACACACUCAUAAUUAUGUUACGAUCAGGGCUAAAUAAUUAAACAUAUGACUAUUUUAAUACUAAUUUAUAUUAGCAAAAACUGUACAUAAGAAAAAAUAUUGUGGAAUGACCCCUUAACAGUGUUGAAGAUACAAAUAUGCUGCAGUUAAACUGAUUCAGUUAGUGUACGAAUGUGUGAGACACACCUUUUUUGCACUUAUGUACAUAGUCCACGAAAGAAAUCCUUGGAACUUAUUUUGAAUAUAAAAAGUCUGUAAUAAUACAGGAAAAGUUUGUAAAAGAGAUAGGUAUUACUAAGGCUUUGAAAAGGAGGAGUUUUUUGCUAUAAAACUUAUCUGAAAGCAUGAUGUUGCUUUGCUGUUGUAAAAGCUUUGUAGUUUGCCAUAGCUUAUUAUACAGCAGACUGAUAACAGGUCAGCUCCAACCUGCAGCACGGAGAAAUGGGAAACAGUGCUUAAUUAAUUAGUAAGGUCACUAGCAAAGAUUUGAAUUACCUUUUUUUAAUCAGCCUACAUUUCUAAACAUACCCUAGAUCACGUUUUUGAUAAGUUAUGUUCUCUGCGAAUCCUAUUAGGACCAAGAUGUCACGGGUGGUAUACACACAUUUUUCCUAACACCUAGUCUUGUUUCUAGCUGGAAGUGUUUAUCUGCUAUAGAUGAUCGUUAUUGCAGCAAGCGUUCUGAAUUUGAGGGGGAAUUGAGCUGUUGCCACUUGCUCAGGCUUUUUUUUUUUCUUUUCCUUUCCCUUCCCCCUACUCUUUUGAGGCAACCCAAAUUGAAGUGACUGAUGAGCAAUGGAAGGACAGGCGUUGUUUCACUCUGUCUCGGGGUAGUUAUCUCCUGCUCUACAACAGCCCUGAUGCCCAUCUGAAAGAGCAGCAGGUUUUGCUCCAUCAGUGUUGCUGAGUUGCACCGCCUGCUCAGGCGGAGCUGUUGGUUGGAUUUGGAUGCACGGCAGUGAAGGCUGAUCAUGGCCAAAUCUGGGGCUUCUGCUUGGAGUUAACACGGGCAGGAGCAAGGGACAAGCCUGCCUUUCCUUACCUUGAGGCAACUCUGCUGCUGCUCCUCCUCCUCCAAGAGUGAGCUGGGUUUCCAGCUGGCUUUGGAGGAUGAGGAGGAUGCUCCUAGCUUGCUUGUUAGAAGGGAAGAUUAAGAAGCCUGCUAUAUAUUCAGCGUUACGGUCUCUUUCACAACCUCCUCAAAUUUCCUGCAGUUCCAGCUGUGGCCUGAGCAUUUCCAGCUGUUUUGGAGCAAGCCGGGGUGUGGAAGCAGAGUGGGCGCACAUGGGAAAGCGGUGGUUGAUCUCAGAGCAGGAGGCUGGGGUGUUUUGUCCCUGUCCUUUCUGCUCUCUGCCCAAGAUGCGUGCACAGCCAGGCUGGUGGUUUUCUGUCAGCCUGGCUUGCUUUGGAGGAAGAACUUGUUUUCUUCCUGUUGACUGUCAUCAAAAGAGCAUGCAGCUGUGCCCUCCCUGCCUGCACCGCAGCUGGCAGCAGCUGGAUCCCGUAAGGACAGUGCUCACCAAGCAUCUUCUGGGGGAAAACAAGGCUACUGGCUGGCUGAGGGUUGCGUGGCUCCGUUUUCUCUCUCACUGUGAUCAAUCAUGGUUUAACAGCGAGAACUGCCAUUUCCAGGAGGACCCAGCUGCACCUUCCCUGUCCAGCCCAACCUCCGCUGAUUUUUCAGGAUGAGCAGACCACGGGGAGGUGGUGCGAGGGUGCCCCUUGCGUAGUGUGAAACAACCCAUGGCUAAGUGCUAGCAAUGCCCUGUGCCCUCUGUGCACUGGGAGAUGCUAUCAUCAGGGCUGAUAGUCCUCCUGUCUGCUGCAAGCUGUUUGCUUCCCCAAGUGGUAUGUUAACUGUAACAGAAAACGGAUUAGCAGUGUUAAACAUCCUUCCCCUGCAGCAGGCUGCAAGUUCCCAGCAGCCGUGGGUCACAGGGCUCUCUUGGUUCUCUUCCCCCUCUUGCCGUUGCUUGUACUGCCAGGGUUCUGCAUUGCUGCGUGGAUUUUGGAGAAGCUGAAGGGUCUAUGUUGGCCUAUUUAUCUUUGAUUGGAAUGAGUAUUUUUUUGCAAAACUCAAGCCACCAGAUUUGCUUCAAAAAAAGGUGGCUGGUUUUGCUGCGAGGCUGGUCCCAGACCCUCCAGGCAUUGAGCUGAACCCCCCCAGAGCAGUACUGGGGGAUGGUGGUGCACACUGGUGCUGAAUCCCCUUCCUACCCGCUCCAGGGACAGGGGCCACUGGGCCACCGCAGAGUGCGAGAUCCCCUCCUCGGCCGCUGCUGCUGGUGUCCCAGUGAUCCCUGACUCUUCGCAAUGCCAGCGAGCUCCUCCACUCAGCAAGGAUUUUCCUGUGGAGCAAAACUGGGGGGCUGCUGAAUCAGAGCCGUAGCAUCAGGUGGUCCCCGUGAUCUCCCUGGGGCUGCUUAGAUCCACCUAAAGGACAACUUGUCCUUCGGUCGUUAAAGCAGAGGGGGGAAAAAAUCAGAUGUUGCCUCUUUCUUGACCGUUAGAACAAUAUUUAAUAUUAAAUAAUUAGCUAGUUCUAGCCCCCGUGCUGUUAAUGCUUCCCUUUUCUGUAAUCACAUUUUAUAAUCAAGCUCAUUCUCAUCUGUAGGAUUACGAGAGAAAAAUAUUUUGCACUAUGUGAAAUGAAUCGUAGCUGGUAGGACUUCUUUUCAUUGGGUGUUCAUGACACCACUGCUAAAAUCUUUGCUAGUGAUCUUUACUGUCAUCCUCUAUCAUCAAAAAUAACUCUGUAUGCCUCUCAAAUGAGAUAUUUAAACAUGCAAAAAUAACACAACUAUUAAAUAAAAUGAAGUUAUUUUUCCAAACACACAACAGAGAGAAUUACCUGACACCGAAUUACAAGGUUCCAGUUCUUUAUUACUGUACACAGAUGCUAUUUGAUAGUGGUGGAAGCCAAAUGAUUUUGUUGCCAUGGCUUUUGUAUCCUAGCAGAUGAGGGGAUGAUAAGACCAUUCUUAGAUUGGAUUAUGGGAUUUUUUUUCUUUCCAAUUAGCUUUGUUUUAAUUAUAUUUUCGUUUUAAAUCAUGAAAAUGAAACAGAACUCCCCACACCCGUUAUUAUUUCACCUGACAAUAGAUCACUGUUCUUUUAUUAUAAAUAGAGAAUUGUAUUUUAGGCAAUCACUAAAAUUAAAAAAAAAAAAAAAAAAAAAAAAGAAUGUUCUCCUAAAUUGUCAAUUAUUAAUUUAUAUAUAUAAAAAUAUUAAUACUGUACUGUGUAAAGUAGAUAUUUGAAACACAUUCUUCUUUUCAUAGACAUUUCUGGUAAAACAAAGUAAGGGAAACAUUAGAUAUCAAUUUAAUGGUAUAGUUUAGAUUAUAUACAAAAGAUUACAGUUAGCCCUGUGGAAUUGUAAGAAAAUAUCAUUAGAUCCGGACAGGCAUAGGUUAAUGCAAUAUUUCAGUUCCAUAACGUAAUAGUUCAUUCCCUCAACUGCUAUCAACAGGGUGUAUGCUUUGAAUUUAUUUUUCUUUUUGCCACAUUAUAUUGCUGUAGUGCUUGUAUGUGCUUUAGAAAUGUGCAUAAUGCUACUCAUUUUAGUAUGUUACUUCUAUAUUGUUAUUGUUUAUUUUUUGAUCUUUUAAUAAAGUGUAUAAAAUUCUUGGUUAUGUUUUUUAUGGAUCCAUAUCUACACAUUAAUAGGAGUUUACUUUAAAAACUUUUCAAGUUCCAGUUUAUUAGUCCCAAUCUUUAAAGGUUCUGAUGUAAAAAUAAUAACUAAUGAAUUUGAUUCAAUGUUAUAUCUAAAGUGUAGAACAACAGAAUAAAUUUCUUUCCAGAAAAUACCUUCAGUAUUUUGAAUUCUGUAGCCAGUGCUUCCUUUUUAUUGGAUGCAUUAGGCCUAUCAUAUUACAGUUACUAACACAAGAAAGAAAUUUGUAUUUUAGAAAAAUAAAAGUAAAACUUUCCAGACGCUGCCUUUUGGUUUCUCUUGUGCCUUAGACCCUCUGAGACACAUGUGAUGUGUUUGGUUUGUAUUUUUCCAUGCUUCCUUCUGACCCUGUCUGUGAUGUGAUUAGAGAGGAGAUCAGAGCUGUGCAUUUGAAGAUAACCACGAAGAAUAAAUGGAAUAUAAUUCAAA